GUCAGCUCUCAUUAGACCAUCAGCUGAUGCUACACCUUUUCAGCACCGCGGACAGCUCCGUUCUGCAUACCGAGCAGAUGGCGACGGUUAUAAAAAGCCCUCAUGGAGCGUCUCUGCAUCGGAGAUCCACCGCUACAGCCUGAGUCUCAGCAUGGAUAACAAAGUCUUCUUCCCGCAAAGAAUCACUCAAGAUGAGUAUUCACAAUGCAAGCCAAAACGUUCGGCUUUAGAUACCAGUGCAGUGUCCACGGGCAUGAAUCUGACCAAGUAUAAUGAGAAAGAAUUGAUGCAUGGUUUGAACGAUCGUCUCGCAGGAUUCAUAGAGAAGGUGCACUACCUGGAGCACCAAAAUCACCAGCUACAAAAAGAAAUAGGUGAGAUCAGAGAUAAAGCGAAACCCGCAUCUCGUCUGGAGGAGGAGUAUGGACCAGAGCUCAGGAAACUGAGACAGCUGGUUCAGGAUAUUACUCAUCAGAAGCAUGAGAUUGAAAUCGAGCAUGAGAAUUUAGAGGAACAACUGUACAACUUGAGAAGACAACAUGAGCAGGAGGCGCGUAGCAGAUCGGGUACAGAGAGCAAUAUCGUGGUCCUCAAGAAAGACAGCAAUGACGCGUGUCAGGCUAAACUAGAGCUGGACAAGAAAGCACAAGCUCUCGUGGAUGAAAUCCACUUCCUGAAGAGAAACCAUGAGGCCGAGAUGUCAGAGAUGUUUGACCAAAUCCAGGAUGCGCAGGUGACUGUCAAGGCGCAUGAAUUUGGCAACUCUGGCGUCACUGCGGCACUCCGGGACAUCAGGACACAACUGGAAGGUCAUACCGUGUCUGACGUCCAGCAGAUGGGAGAAACUUUCCAAUCUCAGUUUGCAAGGUUAACGGAGGCAGCUGAGAGUAAGAGAGAGGCUUUAAAAGCGACACAGCAAGAGAUUCAGGAGUGCAGGAAGCGACUGCAGGCCAAGAACAUCGAACUGGACUGCGCUAAAGGUACCGGGGAAGCGCUGGAGAAACACCUUCAUGACGUGGAGGAUCGUCACAUGGAGGAAAUGAUUCAUUACCAGAACGCAAUCAAAGAACUUGAAAACGAGCUCAUAAAUUGCAAAUUUGACAUGUCCAGUUACCUGCGGGAAUAUCAGGACCUGUUAAAUGUGAAGAUGGCUUUGGAUGUGGAGAUACUGUCUUACAGGAAACUUCUCUGCGGUGAGGAGGCUCGGCUAUCUGCGAUGUCAGACACCCACGUCUCGCUGCCCUACAUCUACCACCAGUCCCCCGUUUACACCCUGCCAUGUCUCAGCCGACCGGGAGGCCCGCACAGACGCGCUGAGCCCCACUACAAGUUCGUGGAGGAGAUCAUAACGGAGACCACUAGGGAAAUUGAGAUGUCAGAAUUUGAGGAGACAGGAUCGGAGGAGACAGAGCUGGAAACAUAUGAGCAGGAGUGUAACAAAAGAGAUAGAGGGAGCAGUGAGGAAGAGGUGGAUACUAAAGACAGUCAAGAGGAAGAAGGUGAGCAGAUGUCUGAUAGUGAGCAGAAUCAAGUAGAGUCAGAAGAGAAUUUAGUGAAUGGAGUUGAUGAUGGGAGUCCUGGUGAAGUGGAUGAUGGUGAAAAAGGUCCACAAAGUAAAGAAGAGUCAGAGAAGACUGAGGCAUUUGACAAUGGAGGAGACAUAGUUAAUAAUACUCAAAGUGAGGGCAUUGAUGAGGAAGAAGAUAAGCAACAUCACAAAGUAGCUGAAAACACAAAAGUAGAGAAAGAAGCUGCAGUGACAAUAGUAACAAUUCAGCAAGAUCUCUCUUCAAAACCAGAUGAUUUAAAGCCAGAGGUCCCUGUAGUGGAUGGAAAAUCUGAUGAUGGUAAAAAAGGAGAUGCUGAGAAAGAUAGUUUUAUCUCAGCUCAAGCAAAGAAGGCUGUUGGACAAACCACGGCUCAAGUAUCUAUAGAAUCAGACAAAAGCCAAGAGCUAAGCAGUGUAAAAGUGCAAGAUAAGGUUCCGGCUUCAGAAACAGCUGAGAAAACUGCAGAUUUUACAGCAGAGACAAAGAUCACUCUGUCUGUAGAGAUAGAGGAGCUUUCAGAAAAGGCUCAAGUACCUUUGAGUACACCAAAGAGUGAGAAACAGGAAACCAGUCAUACAGAGCCAAACAAUAUCAGUCAAUCUGAGGCUGCAAAAGGUGAGGAUAAAGUAACAAAAGGCAUUGAAGAUGGUAGACACGGUAGCAAUAUAGGUCAAGAUAAAGAGUCUUCUCUUGAAUCUGAUGUGAAAAGUCUUCCUGAAGUGGAGGAUCAGAAGACAAACAGUGGGGGAAAAGCCCAAACUGCGUUGCCAAGGGAAAAGACAGCAGUCAGUGCAGAAAUCAAAGCGUUGCAGCAGGAGGCAUCGGAAGGAAGCCAGGGUCAGAAAUCAAAACUGUCUGAAGUUUUAGAGAAAAUAAAGGAUCAUCAAGGUAAAACUGAGAAGGUGGAGACUAGUAAGUCAGAGAAAUAAAAAUAAAAGAGCACUAAAAAGCCAAAUAGGAAAAUCUGCUGAUGUAUGGGAAGUGAGGAUAAAGGACAUUUCCACCCUAAAAUUAAUGUGACAGCAGUUGGCAGGCAAAUAUCAGGGAUAGUGAAGCUAAAAAUAGAGAAUGGCUUAACUAAUACAGAUGCAAAUUCAAGGCACAAGUUGAACCAAGCAAAGAGAAGGAAGCUGUAAGAGCAUGAUUUUUGCUAUAGCUUUGCCUUUGAACCUCUCAUGUGAUGCAUUAAACUUGUAUGACUCACCACUCAAUGUAAUCAUGAAUGUACAAUAUGCAAAGUUACAUUUAAAAUUGCACCCAUCUAUAUUUGCUUUGAUAAGUGCUGACAAAUAAAUGCAAUAUG